GGCCGGCUCCGAGAAUCUACCCAGCUACUGGAGACGUCACCAAGCCGUAGGCUGAGGAUUGGUUGACUCUGAUUUAGCAUCCUAAAACUUCCGGUUCCAGAACUUGGCUCGUCAAAGACCCUCCCUCGAGGUAGCGAAACCACAGCCCCCAGAAUUCAGCGGGCCUCUCCGAGACCACGACGCGUCUGCGGAUGCGUAGUAAGUAUAACGGGCCCGGAAGCCGGAAGUUCAAAGCCGGCCUUCAGCUGGACUGACGGCCAACGCUGACUCCCGCCUUAGUGGGCGGAGUUGUGCCGCGUCUGAUGCGCAGUUCCCUUUCUAGCUUUGCGGGCCGAAUCCUAGAGGCUAACCCGCCAGGUGGGCGGGAGAAAGUCGCUUUCCGCACCAAUAGCUGAGGCGUUCAGGGUUGUCCAGGGACGCUAUCCUCUCGUGUCUGGUUCCGAGUGCUGCGUUUGGCUGUGCUGGGAAGUUGAGUAGACAGUGGCCUCGAGACCCUGCCUGUCUGAGGAGGCCUCGGUUGGUCGCGAAGGAGCUGCAGCAUCCAGAGUAGCACCUACGAACACAUUCAUGGUCCCAAAUUGAGGGACAUUUUGUUCCAGGGGACAAGAUGCCAACUGGCAAGCAGCUAGCUGACAUUGGCUAUAAGACCUUCUCUGCCUCCAUGAUGCUCCUUACUGUGUAUGGGGGGUACCUCUGCAGUGUCGGAGUCUACCACUAUUUCCAGCAGCGCAGGGCCCAGCGCCAAGCCGCAGAAGAACAGAAGACCUCAGGAAUCCUGUAGAACUGGGGGGCUUUUUCUCCUGAGCAGAGAGGCCCAAGGCAUGCUGUGGAGAGACUUCACCUGCCACCAUUUCCAGGUCAAUAGGACUAGAGCGUUGAUGGUUUUCAAACUCUGUUGGAAGAAAGUGUCUGUGAUUUCUCUGGUUCUGCCGGUCUGUGCCAGUUUGACAGUUUAUGGAGGCUGUUGAAUCAUAAUGGCAAUGUGAGUGUGAGGUACACCUACAGACAUUAAAUAUUUUGCCAUGUCUGUG